UAUUUUUGGGAUUAUAGGUGGAGCAUAGUUUUCUAAGGUUGGUGGAAGGAAUCAAAGGGAACCAGUUCGCAGACAUGGCAGAAGGCGAAGAUCUCUUUGGUUUCAUUGCAAUCAUAGAGAAGCAUGUGACGAAUAUAAUCCACACCACCAAGUUUCAAUGUUCACAAGCAAAAAUUUCUCUCUGCAAGCAAGCUUCGUGGAAAUUGACGGCGAGUUGCAGCUGCUUCAGCACCUGGGUCUGCAUUGUUUGAUCGUGAUCAUGGUGAUAUGGAUUUCUGUGGGGAAGCUUUGAUUGAAUUUACCCUUCUGCUCUUUUCCAUUUGAAGAUUGACUAUCAAGAGUAGCUUUACCUGAGAAUUCCAGAGAAUUAAGCUGAAAAUGGAGAGCAUAUCGAGGUCUGAUGAGAACUGUGACCUAGGGUACCCACCUUCGCCUUCCUCCAUGGAUCAUCAGAUGGUGAGAGAGGGUUCGUUUGCGUACGAUCGAUCAAACUCAGAAAUCUCAGGCUUUUCAGAGUCCACAGACGACAAGCCUGGCAACGAAGAGCCACCCGAUUUAGUAGUUCACAUAAUUUGUGUUUUCCGGCAUGACAGUAAAGAAACGAACUGUUUAACUCCCAUGGCAAUGAGAAUGAAAACAAAUAUUGCAGAACUUGAGAUGAUGAAGGAAAGGUUUGCAAAGCUCUUGUUGGGAGAAGACAUGUCUGGAAGUGGCAAAGGAGUUUGCACUGCAGUCACAAUUUCCAAUGCAAUAACCAACCUCUAUGCUUCUGUGUUUGGUAAACAUCUGAGAUUGGAGCCCCUGCAUCCUGAGAAGAAGUUGAUGUGGAAGAGGGAAAUGGAUUGCUUUCUGUCUCUGUGUAAUAACAUUUUUGAAUUCUUCACAUCAGAGAGCCUACGAGAUGGAACAACAGUUGGGGUGUUGAGAACCAGGCCAAGAUCAGAUAUCUGCAUCAACCUACCUGCACUGAGAAAACUCGAUGGUAUGCUCCUGGACAUAUUGGAGAGCUUUCAGGAUCUAGGAUUUUGGUAUGCAGAACAAGGGAGCAUGACAUGUAAUGCUACGCGAUCAGGCUCGUUCAGGAGGGUCGUGCAGCCUCAGAGAAAGGAGGAAAAAUGGUGGCUGCCGGUUCCAUGUGUUCCUCCUUUCGGCCUCUCAGAGAAGUCAAGGAAACACUUGCGACACAAGCGCGACUCUGCUAAUCAAAUUCACAAAGCGGCAAUGGCCAUCAACAGCGCCAUUCUAGCUGAUAUGGAAAUUCCUGACACAUACAUGGCAUCGCUCCCUAAGAGUGGAAAAGCAAGUGUGGGCGAAACAAUUUAUCGGUGCAUGUCAACCACAGAGAAUUUUUUGCCUGAGCGUCUACUUGACUGUCUCAAGAUAAGUUCUGAGCAUGAAGCGCUUGAGCUUGCAGACCAAGUCGAAGCCUCAAUGCAUACUUGGAGGCGAAAAGCUUGUAUGAAUCAUUCGAAGUCCUCGUGGGACUUGGCAAAGGAUUUGAUGUCUAACGUGGAUCGAAGUGACAAAAAUCAUGUCUUGGUGGAGAGAGCAGAGAUCUUACUCUUCUGCUUGAAGCAGAGGUACCCUGAACUUUCGCAGACAAGCUUGGACACUUGCAAGAUCCAAUACAAUAGGGAUGUGGGGCAAGCAAUUCUAGAGAGCUAUUCAAGGGUGCUGGAAGGUUUGGCAUUCAACAUUGUUGCUUGGAUUGAUGAUGUUCUAUUUGUAGAUAAAACCACAAGGAGCCAAGACCAGUAGAAGCCACAAAAACUUUAGAAUUCCGAGCGGUAAUCUCAUUAUGUGGAGUCAGUUAUGUAAAUUCUAACUCACCGUUCAAAGAGAGAUCAUUUCCCAAGAAUCCAAAAUGCCCUACCUGGAAGCCAAAUUUGUUCAAUGUAACAUCAGAAGGCCUUUGGUAUCCCAGAAAAUAAACCCAAAAAACUUUUCAAUUUCUGUGCAGUUUUGAUGCUUUGAAAGUUCCAAUUUUCCAGGGAAAAUACUUUCUAGGAAAGAGAAUUUUGUGUCCCAAGCACAGAGCCAGUUUCUCUUGAAGCCAAUACAAGAGACAUGCUAUAUGUCUACCAUGAUCUUAGGGCUUAUUAGGUCAAGUUCACAUUAACAAUGUCCACUAUCAUCUCAAUCUUUCCAAAUGCCCAUUUUCCAGAGAAUUAAACAACUUCUGCCCCGUUUGGUUCGGCUUUAGUUUUCAUUUUUUGUUUUUAAAGAUUUCUAAAAUUUUUGAAAAAUCUUUGGAAAAUUUGAAAAUAAAUAAA